AUGCGAGUUGUCAUCAAAAGCAAACUGAAUCGUGUCAGCAAUCUGCCCUUUGACAACCGCCUACGAAGCUCAUUGAUGCCAGCUGUUGAUGUCAGGACUUUGCCUUGCCAAACGAUGAUCGUUAAGCCAACAGCUGGGAUCGUUGUUGAUGGAUACGUGAAAUGCGUCAAAAAACUAUUUGCCAUUGAAUCCGCUUACUGUAUCCCUACGGAUUCACUGCGGAAAUGCAGAUGUGUUCUCGACUGA